AUGCCUCCUAAGAUUAAAAUUACUACAGGUCCAAUUGGUUCUGGAAAAACAACAAUUUUAAAUAGAAUUAAAGAGUCAUAUGAAAGAAAAGAAAUCCUUAUUGGUCAAAAGGUUGGAUUUUUCGGUGAACCUACUGAUUCCACUGUAGCUAAUGCUCUCCUAAAGGAUAUGUACUCAAAGUUUCCAUUUGCUAAUGAUCAGUUUGAAACUUUACAAAAAUACCUAUUGGCUGUGGAAGCUAAUGAUUUAUGUAAUGCUUUGUCAUCGUCAGAGUAUGAUAUUGUUUACUUUGAUACAUCGGUUUUGAAAAUCAUAAACAAUCAAACCUAUUCAAAUUGUCUAACGUUUUACUAUCAAAUGAUUUCAAAUAUUAAUUUCGAAAAUGCUGAAGUAACCAUAUUAAAAGUCAUACCACCCAUAGAUAGGUGUGUUACAGAUCUUAUCAGAUUUAUAAAAUGA